UAUCUACCCCUCUAUAUAUAAAGACUUCACGCCAUUUAAAAACACACAGCAAUUCAAAAUUUCAAACACAAUUACAAGCUCUCAAAACUCUCAUCAACAAUGGAACAACUCCCACCUGGUUUUCGUUUCUACCCAACUGAAGAAGAGCUCGUUUCCUUUUACCUACACAACAAGCUUGAAGGGAAGAGACCUGAUGUGCAACGAGUUAUCCCAGUCAUCAGCAUUUAUGACAUAGAGCCUUGGCACCUUCCAAAACUUUCAGGAGAGAUGUGUCAAGCAGACACUGAGCAAUGGUUUUUCUUUACACCAAGACAAGAAAGAGAAGCUAGGGGAGGAAGACCCAGCAGAACUACAGAAUCUGGGUACUGGAAAGCAACAGGCUCUCCUGGCUAUGUGUAUUCGUCAGAUAAUCGUGUGAUUGGAGUGAAGAAAACCAUGGUUUUCUAUAAGGGGAAGGCACCCACUGGAAGAAAAACCAAAUGGAAGAUGAAUGAGUACAGAGCCAUUGAAGAAGUGCCAAGCUCAUCUAGCACCGUAGUUCCCAAGUUGAGGCAUGAGUUCAGUUUGUGCCGAGUGUAUGUGGUUUCUGGAAGCUUUCGAGCAUUUGAUCGACGCCCAGAAAUGUCAACAAGAGAGACACCACAGCUUGGUGAUAACAGGGAUGCAACAUCUUCUCAGAAAGCCACAAUGGUAGAGAAAACAAGCUCGUCUGAAAAUUCUCACUCGGGAGGAGACCAUGUUGAUCUCCCAGAGAUUGAUGGCUUUAACUGGGAGAUGAAUGAUGGUCUAGAACAACCUCUAUGGGAGUGGGAACAACUAAAUUGGCCCUAAGUCAAUCAAUGUUCAGAGCUGCAGCCCCGUUCAGCAAAUUGAACUAAAUGACAUAGGCAAUAGGAUAGCUUACUUUAGAUUUUUUUUUUUUUUUUGACUUCGUCACAGAAAGUGAUAGAAGAGUAACAGAGAAUUAGAAAGAUGUAAAAGAUUUGUAAUAUGAGAAAUUCAAUUAUUUUUGUAGAUCAACUACAAGCUAGGAAUAAGAUGUAAGGUCUGAUGGGGGUGUAGCAGAGCUAAACUGUCAAAUGCAUUCAGCUAUAAUCAGUUUCAAGAUUGCAUCCUGACAAA